AUGUCUGCUCCCGCUCACACGUUCAAGGUCGCCGACCUCUCCCUCGCGGCCUUUGGCCGCAAGGAGAUUGAGCUCGCUGAGAACGAGAUGCCCGGUCUCAUGUCCAUCCGUGAGAAGUACGCCUCUGAUCAGCCUCUUAAGGGCGCUCGCAUUGCUGGCUGCCUUCACAUGACCAUCCAGACUGCCGUCCUCAUCGAGACCCUCACCUCUCUCGGUGCUGAGGUCACCUGGACCUCUUGCAACAUCUUCUCCACCCAGGACCACGCCGCUGCUGCCAUUGCCGCCGCCGGUGUCCCCGUCUUCGCCUGGAAGGGUGAGACCGAGGAUGAGUACAACUGGUGCCUCGAGCAGCAGCUCAAGGCCUUCAAGGAUGGCCAGACCCUCAACCUCAUUCUCGAUGACGGCGGUGACCUCACCACCCUCGUCCACAAGAAGUACCCCGAGAUGCUCAAGGGCUGCUAUGGUGUCUCCGAGGAGACCACCACUGGUGUUCACCACCUCUACCGAAUGCUCAAGGCUGGCGAGCUCCUCGUCCCCUCCAUCAACGUCAACGACUCCGUCACCAAGUCCAAGUUUGACAACUUGUACGGUUGCCGUGAGUCCCUCAUUGACGGUAUCAAGCGUGCCACCGAUGUCAUGAUUGCUGGCAAGAUCGCCGUUGUUGCCGGUUACGGUGAUGUCGGCAAGGGCUGCGCCGUCGCCCUUGCUGGCAUGGGUGCCCGCGUCAUCGUCACUGAGGUCGACCCCAUCAACGCCCUCCAGGCUGCCAUGGCUGGCUUCCAGGUCACUACCAUGGAGAAGGCCGCUUCCGUUGGUCAGAUCUUCGUCACUACCACUGGCUGCCGAGACAUCCUCGUCGGCACCCACUUCGAGGCCAUGCCCAACGACGCCAUUGUCUGCAACAUUGGUCACUUCGAUAUCGAAAUCGACGUUGCCUGGCUCAAGGCCAACGCCCAGAGCGUCCAGAACAUCAAGCCCCAGGUUGACCGCUUCCUCCUCAAGAACGGCAGGCACAUCAUCCUUCUUGCUGAGGGCCGUCUCGUCAACCUCGGCUGUGCCACUGGUCACUCCUCGUUCGUCAUGUCCUGCUCCUUCACCAACCAGGUCCUUGCCCAGAUCAUGCUCUACAAGAGCAACGACGAGGCUUGGGGCAAGAAGUACAUUGAGUUCGGAAAGACCAAGAAGCUCGACGUUGGCGUCUACGUCCUCCCCAAGAUCCUCGACGAGGAGGUCGCCAGGCUCCAUCUUGCUCACUGCAACGUUGAGCUCUCCCAGCUCACCUCCGUUCAGGCCGAGUACCUUGGUCUCCCCGUUGAGGGCCCCUUCAAGUCCGACAUCUACCGAUACUAA